UUCACAACUUCACACCAAUCUAUCCCCUCAACUCUUCACAUAAACAUACUCCAACAUGAGCCACACUCUCACUCCUGAAGUUCUCUGGGCCCAGCGUGCCAACCUCGUCUAUCUCACGGUGAACCUCCCAGAUUCCGCACCCACGAUCAACUUGACCGCGGACAAGCUGGAGAUCACUGCCAGUUCUGACGGAAAGGAAUAUGCCGUCACCAUCGAGUUUUACCAGCCGGUCGAGCCAGAGGUACGCAUUUCCUCUUUGUCGUCACUGGAACCAAAGCACAUCGUUAUUUGGCGCUCAAUAGGUCGUGCACUUGAUUCGAAAAUGGUGUCGAUCAAAGAGUGAACGGAUCUGGAGGACCACUAUCUUCCGGAGUCCACCAGUGCCAUUGGCUGCUUUGUAUGGAAAAUCGAUUGGGAUUUGACACUAGAUCGAAUUGCUAAUGAUGACCCUCUUUCUACCUGGCACGAUUUGAUGUAGACCUCUAUCGCUCGUCCAAGUGCUCGUAACAUUUUCUUUACCUUGAUGAAGAAGGAUCAAGACAACUGGUGGCCGCGUCUGAACAAGGGCGGCAAGCUGAACUUUGUCAAGACCGAUUUUUCGCGUUGGAAGGACGAAGAUGAUGAGGAUGAUGAGGCUGACCAGGCCGCCGACAUGGGUAUGGGCGGUAUGGGCGGUAUGCCUGGUAUGCCUGGCAUGGGCGGCAUGGGCGGUAUGGGCGGUAUGGGCGGCAUGGGUGGCAUGGGCGGCAUGGGUGGCAUGGGUGGCAUGGACCUUCAAAGUCUGAUGGCCAGCAUGGGCC